AUGGAGGCCGAGCAGCGGGAGGCCGCCCGCCGCCGCGGGCAGCUGCCGCAGCAGCAGGGCGAGGAGCAGGCGGAGAAGCGGGAGCGCGACGCAGCCCGCCGGGCCCUGGCCCAGGCGCAGCUGGCGCAGAUAAAGGAACAUGAGCAUCAGGCAGAACUAGCCAAGCUAGCAGACAAAAGAGAAGGGGAAGAAAUUCAGAGACUGACCCGGUUGUACCAACUGGAAAUUCAGAAAGAAAAGGAAAAGGAGCAGGCGGAAAAACUUGAGCGUCGGAGGCUGCAUCACGAGCAUAUUGAUAAACAGAAAAUAAUGAAAGCUGAAGAGGAACAAAAGGAAGCAGAAGAAGAUGAUCGGAUUAGGGCAUACAUUAAAGGAAAAGAGAUGAUGGCAGAUCUAAGAAAAGAAAAAGAUGAUGAGACUGCUAGACUAUUGCAGGAACAUCAAGACAAGGCUGUUAAGCAGUUAACGGCACAAAUGAAGGAGGCAGUAAAGAUGGAGGACGAUCGUGUUGCUAAAGGAGCUGCAGAUAUGGAAGAAGAAUACCAAAAGAAAAAUAAAGCAGCAGCAGCAAAAACUAGGGCUGACAUUGAAUCUAUUUCUGAACAUAGAGCUUCCACGAUGAAAAUGAAAGUGGAAAGGGAGAAAGAAGAAAAAGCAGAAACUGAGAAAGAUUAUAAUCAAUGGAUGGCAGCAGAUCGCAUCUACCUGGAAAUGGAAGAAGCCAAGAAGCAAAAACGUCAUGAAGAAAAUAUGGAAGUCCAGAAAUUUCGGGUCCAGCAAAUGGCUGAAAAGCAGGCAAGGAAACAGCAGGAAAAACAAGCAGACUUGGACUAUGAUGCUCAGAGAGAAGCUGCCUUUUCUAAGGAGCGAGAAUUUCAAAGAUAAGGACAGUAAGUAAUUGAAGCUGUUAAGACUUGCCCAUGACUUUUAUACUUCUGUCCAAGUAUUCAAGAUAGGAAGAAGAGGUGGGCAUGGGCUUCCUAUCUGGGUUUCAUUCCUCCUUUUCUUCUUUAAUUCAAUACAGAAAAUAGCCAGGGGUCAGGUACCUUGUAGCUGUAAUACUGCUUGAGAAACAAACCGCUGACCAAAACAGUAGCAGUGACCUUUCCUUUCUGAGGGGGAAAAAAGUCAGAACUAAUUUGCAUGUGCCUUAAAGCAAAGAAAACCUCACCCAUCCCUGCCAUGGGCCUGGCUGCUGGGCUGGUUUUGGACAGCAGGAGAUGGCUGAUGGCGGGUGGAGCAGAGUCCGGAGUAGCUGUCUUUGGUGCAAGGGCUGAAUGCCCAUCAGUGGCUGGAGCACGUUCUCCUUGUCCUCCUUUGAAGCUUCAUCUGAAACAGUCCAGUUCGCCCCCUGUGAAACCACCCUGCAAGGCCAAUUGAAGCACAGUAAGUGGGAACAAUGGAGUUCGUAACAAUGCAGUUUCAAAAACUAACUUACCAUCAAACUAGAAUACUAGCAUUACUGUACUAUCAACUAAGAGCCAUGGAGAUCUCUCUACAAUUAUCUUGGAGUAAUUCACUUGGAAAUGAUUUUUUUUUUUAGUA